GCACUUCUUUCCAACUUCAAGUGAAAGAAAGUCUGCUGUAGCUAGAAUUUUUAUUUCCUACAAUGGGUCCUAAACCUUUCCACCUUUUGGUUGCCAUUUCUCUUCUCUGUGCAAUCCUACCACAAACCAUUGAAUCAAAACCAAGUGAAGAUCCUUUUGGGUUCAUCAAGCACCUAGAGGGAUGCCACAAGGGUCAAUCCAUCAAAGGGCUCAAGGGCCUCAAACGAUAUCUAGAGAAGUUCGGAUAUUUGAACUACGGCAGUGGCAAUAAUAAUAGCCACGAAAAUGAUGAUGAGUUUGAUGAUCUUCUGGAGAUGGCAAUCAGGAAUUACCAGCACAAUUAUCACUUGAAAGAUACUGGAAUCCUAGACAAUUACACAGUGUCUCAAAUGAUGAAGCCUAGAUGUGGGAUGCCAGAUGUUGUUACUAAUAACGGCACUAAACACCAAUCCCAUAAUCGAAAGUUGAUGUCCAUACACUCAUUAGUUCACUACAAGUUUUUCCAUGGAGAACCUAGAUGGCCAGCAGAGAGAACCCACUUAAGGUACAGGUUUCGUUCUAGUACUCAGGUUCCAGGAACGCAGAACAUCGGGUCUAUAUGUGCACGAGCUUUUCAGAAAUGGGCAGAAGUUACCCACUUCACGUUCGAGGAAGUAGCAAGUAAUGCUCAAGCUGAAAUUGAGAUCGGAUUCCAUAGAAGGUCCCAUGGAGAUGGGCAUCCUUUUGAUGGAAGGUCCGGAACAUUAGCACAUGCAACUGCACCAACUGGUGGAAUGUUCCAUUUUGAUGGAGAUGAAAACUGGAGUGAAAAUCCUGAAGCUAAUGAAGUGGACUUGGAAUCAGUUGCUGUGCAUGAAAUAGGGCAUCUUCUUGGUCUUCAUCAUAGUGAUGAUCCAAAUGCUGUCAUGUAUGCUACUUUUAGAUACGGAAUUACGAAAAGGGAUCUGGAUAGUGAUGAUGUUCAAGGUAUUCGUGCUUUGUAUGGAUUACAGUAGUGCAUGCAUUCAUGGGCACAUUAUUAUCACCUUAAAAUAUUACAAUAAAAGCAAUUAAUGGAGGACAUAUGUAUACACCCGUUAGACAUUCUUCUUAUUAUAUAUAAAUCUUUAAAAAGACUGAUAGAUUUUGAUUGAAUGUAACGUAUUUGGAGAUUUAUAAUAUAGAACCUGUAUGAGUGUAUUUUCAUUUCAGUACGAAAUAGUGACAUGAUUGUUUUAGUUCAUAUAUAUAUCAGAUGUACGGACAAUUAUUGCACUAAUGAAGUGUAAUAAUAGAAUAAAAAGUAA